AUGCCACGUAAAUCUCGAUAUUGUAAUCGAACAACUCGUAGUUCAACCAAUACUCCAUUAUUUGAAGCUUUAGAAGUGGUUCAAAAUGAAAAUUCAAGAUUAAUGAGAUACAUGCAGCAAUUUAGGAGACGCAUAAAUAGGUUGGAACGACAGUUAGAAGAAUCAAUAAGAGAAGUUGAAUUGUGGCAGGAAAGGACAACAGAUGGUGCACAAAGAAAUUGGGAGUUAGGAUCUCG